AACUGUUUGUGAAUAUGCUUAACUGAAAGUUGUUAACAUUAUGUCAAAAACUUAUUUGUUCCUUCUGUUUUUGUCUGAUUACAGUUUAAGGAUUUGCUGGAGCAGUUGAAUAGUGAUGAUAUUCAAACGCAGGCUUGUGGCUCCUUUCCUGAUGAUAUAUCCAAAGCUAUUUCCUAGCUCAAUCAGCCAAGUUUUCCCGGAGUGAUCAUAGGAGGAGUGGCCUUUAAAAGUGGCUGCACAGUAGGUGUUUGAGAGAAUUUCUGUUUGAGUUGAAAGUGGAGUAAAUGAAUGAAACUGAUGGCAAACUUGGCUGCGAGUACAGGAUAGAAGAUGAUUUGGAUAUGAUGAUGAAGAGUAAUCUGUGUGAAGAUGUAAAGGAUACAAGUGUUCAUUCCUAUACCGAGACUUGAGCUAGAGCCAGUGUACUUCAGUGCUGAGCCGUACGUUUCCUUCCAUGGGUGAUGCUGGUUCCACUUCCUCUUUUUCUGUUGUUAUGUUUCAGUUACACAGUUAUUGAAAACUCUUAGUUGUAUUGAUCCGCGGACCUUUUGGGUGGUUGUAACUUUGUAAUGCGGUAGACUGUGUUAAAACAAUAAAAGGGAAAAAAAGAGACACUGUUAUAUAUAUUUUGCUAGUCUAGCAUCUUGCUUAUUACGCGUGAAAUGAAUGAUGUGAAUCUUGGGACUGUUGAGUGAUGUAGUUUGGAUGAUAUGAGACAGGUACAAAGAUGGAAUUUGUCUCAGUUACAGGGAAGAUUUUGUCGAAAUUUUUAAAGAUUCGAACGCUUGCUAUGAUGGGUGAAGCCCUCUUAUGCGCACAACCGCUGUUGAGUCGUGACAAUACAGAAUAGAAUCUACCCGAGCCUAAUACUGAGGCUAAUAAGGCCAGUCAGCAAUUGGUUGUUUUACAGUUCUUUCUGGAAAAUAUUCAUCAGAUUAUUUUCUAAAUUAACGGCUUAAGAGUAACGAAAGCUAUGAUCUGGAAAGACACCUUGAAUGCAAGAAGGAUUUGACAGGCAUCUGUUCAGACAAUCUGCUAGUUCUACACUGUUUAACCCUGUUAAACUUAAUUGGUUUAUGGCAUAUCUAAAAGAAAGAACUUAUUGGCUGAAUGGCAACUGGAGCACGUCGUCUACUCGCUCAUACGAUCUUCUAAGACCAUCCAAUCUCUGGCAUAUUGGUGGGAGAAGAUGUGGGAGGUACCUUCAGUCGACUCCAACCUUUGCAAAUGCUCUUCUGCACUUGCAAUAAGAGGAUGAGAUAAUGUAGUAGGCUUGAAACUUUUACACACAACUAUAGAGUUCACUAGGGAAUUGGAUGUCUUGUUCAUUUCAUCCUAGAAGCACCAAUGACUAAGCUCAAUUCCUGGUCCUAUCUACCUGUCUACAACGAUGUUGUUCAAAAACUCCAAAUUUCGCUCAGGUUACUGCUGAUAUAUAUCUUAUGCUGUGGUAUCCAUAAUGAAAGCUUGACAAUAUUUGAUCUUGUAGUCAAUGAGUUUUGGUCAUUCAUUAACUCAUUAGACAACCGAGAAAUAAAUGAAGAUUUGGGCAAAGAAUUUGAUCUUGCUAUAUCCCAUUUGGUGCAAAAGAUGGAGCCUAUGGCCUCAAAGAUCUUAAAGGGUACUAUCGAGAAACAAAAGCCAACAUUGCCCUUUUCCCAGAUUGAUAGUUUGGGAUGUAUAGAUUUGGUAUCACAGAAUUUGCUGAGAUUGUUGAAUCAUAGUAUUUAUUUAAUUGCUCAGACAGAAUAUUGGAUUGAAUUUGUACUGGCUGAGAUUAAAAUUUUCAAACUCGAAAAUAAUGUUGACCAACAAGGAGAACGUAAAUGGAAAAAUCAUGUAGACAAUGUCAUUGCAGAAAUUAAGCUUUUCAAGGACAUUGUUGAAUUUGUGCAUAUCUUCAUGGAAAAUAAGGAUGUCCCAAGUGAUCGUCAAACAUCAAAACCUAGCACUCCAAUCAUUGAUGAAGCAGUUGUAGGCUUGGAGGACCAGAUAGAAAUAUUAAUGGCACGGGUAAUUGGUGGAGGGCCCGAGCUUAAUACCAUUCCUGUCAUUGGCAUGCCAGGAAUUGGCAAGACAACACUCGCCAAAAGAAUUUACAAUGACAGAAGAACUUCAGAUCACUUUGAUAUUCGAGCAUGGUGUUCUGUUUCUUCUAGACAUACGGUGAGUGAAUUAGCCCAAGAUAUUUUAAUUUCUAUCGUUGAUCUGAGCAAUGACAUUUACAAGAAGGAGCUAGAUUAUCUUGAUCUUUUACGCAGACAGUUAUAUGGAGGAAGAUACCUCAUCGUUUUAGAUGAAGUGUGGGAUUCUUAUAUAUUUCAUGAGUUGCACAGGUGUUUUCCAGAUAAUCAUAAUGGAAGCAGAAUUCUUGUUACCAGCGGCCGAAAAUAUGAGGAUCCAUUGUUUGAUGAACCUCUUUUGGUUCGCUUGUUGACUCCGGAAGAGAGUUGGGAGCUAUUACAAGUGAAGUAUAAUCACCUUCGCUUCUGUACGCAAAAAGAAUUUCGCAAACCCCCAAUUCCAAAUGAGAACUGUCCUGCUGAAGUUGGGAAGGAAAUUGCCAUAAAAUGUCAAGGGCUACCUCUGGCCAUUGUUUUGGUAGCUGGGUUUCUUGUCAAUUUAGAGGACAACAACAAUUGGCUAACCAUAACUGAAGAGGUAUUUAGUUCAGAAACUAAUCGUGAUGUAGGAGACUGCAAUGAAAUAAUAGAAUUGAGCUACAAAAAUAUGCCUGGUUAUCUAAGACAAUGUUUUCUAUAUUUUGCGGCAUUACCAAUGAGUACAGAAAUUUCAGUUUCAAAACUAACAUGGUUAUGGGUUAGUGAAGGAUUUUUACGGAGAGAUGAGGUGAAGAAACCAGAGGAUGUAGCAGAAGAUUACCUGAAUGAUCUUAUUGGGAGGAGCCUUGUAAUGGAGGCCAGAAGAAGUUCAAAGGGCGGGCUGAAAUCAUGUCGCAUUAAUGAUUAUCUAUAUCAUUUCUGUCGAGACAAAUCUAAAGCCGAAAAGUUCUUGCCAGUGGCAUCGCGGUUUGAAUUUUUCUUUCUGGGUAACGAAUCGUGGCGUAAAGAUUUAUUUCUGGAUAACGAAUCAUGGCGUAAAGAUUUAUUUCUGAAUAUAUCCCUUACCCGCACAAUGAUAUAUUCUUCUGAACCCGGUUGGCACCGCUCCUGGCCAAGUCCUCUUCCCGAAGGUCUAUUUCCGCGCGUCGAUGAUCUUGUUAGAGUGUUGGACUUGGGGUGCAUCAACAUUGGCAAUAUCUUUCCAACCCAAAUAAAAUGGCUUGUGCAUUUGAGAUUUUUGUCACUUCAAGGUGACAUCACGGUCAUGCCCUCUUGGAUUUCCAAGCUCUGGAACUUAGAAACUUUCCUAGUGAAAGGAACAAAAGGUGAGGUAGCAUUACCAGAUACAUUUUUCAGUAUGAAGAGGCUGAGGCAUGCUCAUAUAGAUAACUGUACCUUCUCAGAUUCCAACUUGUCACAAUUGGAUUGUUUGCAGACCUUAUCCACCCCAUCUCUUUCUUAUGACAAAGGGAACAUAAUGAGAAGUUUUCCUUUCCUUCAAAAACUAAAAUGCAUAUUUUUGGAAUCUUGGGAUCAUUCUGAGAAGCUGGGAAGCUCUUGCAAUCGAUUUCCAGUUUUGGAUUUCUUGAAUCAGCUUGAAUCGCUCAAUGUGAUUUAUCAAGGCGGAGUGCUUCAGCCUUGUGAAUUUAACUUCCCCUCAAACCUUAAGAAAUUGACCUUAUCAAAGUUUCAGCUGCCAUGGAUUGAAAUUUCUGCAAUUGCAGCAUUACCAAACCUUGAAAUUUUGAAACUGCUUUCAAAAGCUUUUGAGGGAGAAGAAUGGAAUGCGAGUGAUGAGGAAUUUCCAAAACUCAAAUACUUGAAAUUGGGAAAUCUGAACAUUACGCAUUGGAAUAUAUCAGAUGAUGCCUUCCCAUCUCUUGAGCAUAUAGUGUUGCAAACAUGCAAGCAGCUCAUUGAGAUUCCUUCUGAGUUUGGUGAUAGUUGUUCCCUGCAAAAGAUUGAGGUGAUCUUGUGUGGAGACUCUGUUUCUCAAUCAGUCAGAAAAAUUGAGGAAAUUCAGUGUGAAGAGAUGGCAAACAGCAAGUUCAAGGUCAUCAUUCAGAACCCAAACAGGGACUGAAGAAAACGAAUCUCGUCUUCAAUCUCCACGCUCACUUGUAAGUAAAUUUGAGAUACAAUUUUUAUUCUAGGCUAGUAUUACUGUUCUCUAUGUAUAUGUGUGUGCGCGCACGCGCAAGAAUACAUGACUUUUUGUCCUCUUAAAUUCGUAGAAUCAAGUCUCCUACUGUCGUUAAAUCUGGACGAUUUUCAGUUCGAUCAAAAAAUUCUGGACGAUUUUAGCCUGAAUUGACUUCCUUUUGGUUUCUCUUUGCUAUUUUGUUUUCUCAUUUACAGCUUUGUUGAAAUCUCCUCUGCCCCUUCCCAUUCCAACCUGCCCAGGUGUACAUGAUGAUUGAAGUAUACUGUUUAUACAGAGA